GUCCGUUUUGUGUACGUAUAAAAAGACACAGGGCAACGACGACUAGGAUACGACAUAGGCAAAUUGGAUUGUUUCUGCUCGACAGCUUUUUUUUUGGAGAUCUCAUCUCACGGCUCUUUGCCUUUUCUUAUUUCGCGGCGGGAGGCAACAAAAACAAGGAGCGAAAACGAGAUUUGCUUGAUGCGAAGAAGCGUACCACCAAAUAACGGAGGAAUUAACAAAAUAAGCUGAAUAUUAUUAUUAUUAUUUUCUUCGUCUUGUUUAGUAGUUAAUAACUACGUCAGAAAUUUUUCGAACAUUAUAAUGAUUAUUAUUUUUUUUUUUUUAAAGAAACAGACUGGGUAAAAAUUACAAUAAAGUGAAUUCGGUAAUCAGUACAAUAACUGGCAAUGAAUCACAUUCAACUAAACUGGAAAGUAGAGUCGUUUGGUUGCGGCUUUGACAGACUCGGUAAUCAUUAUACAAAUGACGACAAUGUGUUUGAUAAAUGGGCCACCGGAAACCGAUUUGCUGUCCGAUUAAUUGCGCAGUGAUCGCGGCUCGCGACGGUCUACCCAAUUAAGAAAGGGGGACAUUGGAACCUGUACUAAUCACGUUGUUGGUGGAUUGCAAAGCGAAUAGAAGAUGUCACACAAGAGUUACGUACGGAGAAGAACAGAAACGUAGAGGAUUGCACGAAAAAACUCGACUACAUUUUCAUUCAUUAAGCCUCCGUGGCGGACCGAAGGCGCCGCGGUCUUCAACAGCGCAAACGCCCAACGUCUUCUCGGAGACGUAGGAUGGUCGUUCUGACGGGUCCGCAGUAUAAAUAAGGCUGGGAUUGAGACGCCGUAACAGCAAAGACAGUCGAAAAGAAGAAGGAACAACGCUGUCGCCUGCAGUCGCACACGCAAUAGUUAAAAAAAAGAAAAAAAAACCUUUCAUACAAAUGGAACUAAUCAAGAUUAUUUUUGUGCUAGCUUCUGGCUGGGCGACAUUGGCGAUUGCUGGAAAUACUGAUCAAGAUAUGUUCUGGGCUGCUCGAGGUAAAAAAGCCUCAAUUGAAGGCAAUUGGCCAGACAGUGUGGUAAUGGAGCCCUUCGUAGCAGCCGUGUACGACAAACGCGAUGGCACUUUUUGGGCUGCCAGAGGAAAAAAAUAUGCAGCGGACGGUGGUGACGGUGUUCCUUUCUGGGCGACCAGAGGAAAGAAAGGCGAUCUUGAGAUCCCCUUCUGGGCCGCAAGGGGGAAAAGAAUUCCCCAGUCCGAAAUGAACGAAACCGAGGAAGAAGGAAACAGAAGGGAAAAGCGCUCAGCAGGGAGAGACACUUCCAUUAUUCACUCGGGUCAACGGUUUCGCAAUCGACCGGCUCGACCGGCCUCCCAGGCAGCCGAACCCUUUUGGGCGGCACGCGGGAAGAAAAACUCUAACGUCUCCAAAUUCCCAUUGCUGUAAAACGCAAUUCCAAUUAUUGUGAAGAAGGAUAAAAAUAUCUAGACCUAAAUGAAAAGGAUCCAAUAUACAAGUGCUGGGGAUCUACGAAAUGCAAAAGAGAAAGAUUUUCUGCACACAAUAUACAUUCCUGUUUGCUGGUUAACUUAAUGUCUGUUUCCAAGCUUCAUAAUAAACUAUUAAAUUAUUAGCAUAUACUUUGACCAUAAUAUACCAGAUUCAACAAGGCCUACUCAUCAUUGAGCACUCACUAAAGCAUCCAAAGAUAUUUUAACUCUAUUUAAGUCAUUAUCAAAUCUAAAUGUAGAGAAUGCAACUAAUCCACACUUUUAAAAUAACUUAAUGUACUUUAUGAAAGAAUAUGUAUACCAAUGUCACUCGGAAGAAACAUGCAUCGAGCUCGAGUUUUGUGACCUACCUGUGAAAUGAACUGCUGUAUUCAAACCACGAAAACACUGACAAGAAAAAAUACACGUUACAACUUGAA